AGUGGUGUUCAUGAUCUUGUCAUUGAAUCUUGUAUGGUGUCUUCCAGGUCCGAAGGCCAAAUAAUUAUCAACUACGGAAUUGUCAAAUAUAUCUCUUUACCACCGUCAGUAAUAGUUCAGUUUUAUAUAAAAACACGGUAUAAUUAAAAAUUUUAAAUUCUGAAUACACUCUACAAAAUCCCUAAUAAUUUAGCGAAGAAGUGAUUUGUUUGUAAAAUUUGCUGAUGAAUCUAUUGUUAUUUAUUGUUGACAUAAUGUUACCGUCCAAAUAAUGUAAGUACAGAGAAAACGAAAAAAAUAUCAAUGGAGAACACCAACUUUUGUUGUAAAAUGGGACUUUUGGUGAUUACGCAAUGAUUUUAACCGACAAUCCUUGUUGUAUGAAGCUGAUUUUAAAAGUUGAUGGCAUGUCUCCUCCUUCACCAACACUAAACGACUCGAUUUCGUGCUGUUUCAUCAACAGUUGGAUAUAAAUGGAUGGAACAUUGCCCUGUACGAUUUACAACACUUGCAGCAGCAAACCAAAUGCACCCAAACAACUACAGGAGAACUUUUUCCCAUAUAUACCAAGAAUGUGCGAAACACUGCACUCAGCAACCAGGCAGGCAAGCUCAUGCUCGGAUGAUAAUUUCUGGGUUUCAACCCACUGUUUUCGUCACCAAUUGUUUGAUUCAGAUGUAUAUAAAAUGCUCCAACUUGGGUUAUGCUGAUAAAGUGUUUGAUAAAAUGCCUCUAAGAGAUACGGUUUCUUGGAAUGCCAUGAUUUUUGGGUAUUCCAUGGUAAGUGAAUUGGACAAGGCACAAUUAAUGUUUGAUUUGAUGCCUGAAAGAGAUGCAAUUUCAUGGAAUUCUUUGAUUUCCGGGUAUAUGCAAAAUGGUAAUUAUGGGAAAUCUAUUCAAACUUUUCUCGAAAUGGGAAGAGAUGGUAUUGCUUUUGAUAGAACAACUUUUGCUGUUAUUUUGAAAGCUUGUUCGGGUAUUGAAGAUUCUUGGUUAGGGAUGCAGGUGCAUGGGUUAGUCGUCAGGUUAGGUCUUGCUACUGAUGUGGUGACGGGGAGUGCAAUGGUGGAUAUGUAUUCGAAAUGCAAGAGAUUGGAUGAGUCGAUAUGUUUCUUCAAUGAGAUGCCUGAGAAGAACUGGGUUUCUUGGAGUGCUCUGAUAGCAGGUUGCGUUCAAAAUAACAAGUUUGCUGAUGGAUUACACCUCUUCAAGAAUAUGCAAAAAGGAGGAGUAGGAGUGAGUCAAUCUACUUAUGCUAGUGUCUUCAGGUCUUGUGCCGGGUUAUCAGACUUAAAAUUGGGUUCUCAAUUGCACGGUCAUGCAUUGAAAACUGAUUUUGGAUACGAUGUCAUUGUAGCUACUGCCACUUUGGACAUGUAUGCCAAAUGUAACAGUUUGUCUGAUGCUAGGAAGGUAUUCAACUGGUUGCCAAACCAUAAUUUGCAAUCCUAUAAUGCCUUGAUUGUUGGGUUUGCUCGAGGUGAUCAAGGAUAUGAAGCUGUAAUACUAUUCCGGCUUUUACUGAAGUCUUAUCUUGGGUUUGAUGAAAUAAGCUUAUCUGGUGUGUUUAGUGCAUGUGCUGUAUUCAAAGGGCAUUUAGAGGGAAUGCAGCUACAUGGGGUAGCUUGUAAGACCCCCUUUUUGUCCAAUGUUUGUGUGGCAAAUGCCAUUAUGGACAUGUAUGGCAAAUGCGAAGCACCACAAGAAGCUCUACGUUUGUUUGACGAAAUGGAAAUAAGAGAUGCAGUGUCUUGGAAUGCUAUAAUUGCAGCUUACGAGCAGAAUGGACAUGAGGAUGAAACUUUGAUACUAUUUUUUCGGAUGCUUAAGUCAAGGAUGGAACCAGAUGAAUUCACUUAUGGUAGCGUUUUAAAGGCCUGUGCAGCUCGUCAAGAUUUUAACACUGGCAUGGUGAUCCACAAUAGGAUCAUAAAAUCAGGGAUGGGGUUGGAGUGCUUCAUUGGGAGUGCUGUAAUAGAUAUGUACUGUAAAUGUGAAAAGGUAGAAGAGGCAGAGAAACUCCAUGAGAGAAUGAAGGAACAGACAAUCGUUUCUUGGAAUGCAAUCAUAUCGGGGUUCUCAUUGCGUGAACAAAGUGAGGAAGCUCAGAAAUUCUUCUCUAGAAUGCUGGAAGAGGGAGUAAAACCUGAUAACUUUACCUUUGCAACAGUUCUUGAUACCUGUGCCAAUCUAGCUACUGUCGGGCUCGGAAAGCAAAUUCAUGCUCAAAUUAUAAAGCAAGAAUUGCAAUCAGAUGUGUUUAUAACUAGCACUCUUGUUGACAUGUACUCGAAAUGUGGAAACAUGCAGGAUUCUAGGUUGAUGUUUGAAAAAGCACCAAAAAAGGAUUUUGUCACAUGGAAUGCUCUGGUUUGUGGCUAUGCACAACAUGGUCUUGGAGAAGAGGCUUUGCAGAUCUUUGAAAAGAUGCAGCUUGAGGAUGUAAGACCAAAUCAUGCAACUUUUCUUGCAGUCUUAAGAGCUUGUGCACAUAUAGGACUUGUUGAAAAAGGACUGCAACACUUCAAUUCAAUGUCGAAUAACUAUGGAUUAGAUCCUCAAUUAGAACAUUACUCAUGUAUGGUUGACAUAUUAGGGAGGGCGGGGCAAAUUAGUGAUGCACUGAAGCUUAUUCAAGACAUGCCUAUUGAGGCUGAUGAUGUGAUUUGGAGAACUCUGCUUAGUAUGUGUAAGAUGCACAGGAAUGUGGAGGUAGCAGAAAAAGCAGCUAAGUGUCUCUUGGAAUUAGACCCUGAGGACUCGUCUUCUCAUAUACUUUUGUCAAAUAUUUAUGCUGAUGCAGGAAUGUGGAAAGAAGUUGCUGAAAUGAGGAAAGUGAUGAGGUAUGGUGGGCUCAAGAAGGAGCCAGGUUGUAGCUGGAUUGAGAUCAAGUCUGUGCUACACAUGUUCCUUGUUGGUGAUAAAGCCCAUCCAAGAUGCAACGAGAUAUAUGACAACCUUGAUGCAUUGAUAUGUGAAAUGAAGCGAACUUCUCAGAUACUAGAUAAUGAACUUCUGCUCAGCUGUGAAGCUACAGAAGAUGAGCUCUGAUAUCCAUUUUCCAAAUGCAGAGUUUAUUGGUUUUAGACCAAUUCAGUCUGAACAUAGGAUGGUUAUUAUGGAGGUAUGCAAGGGAAAGAAGCUUUGCUUCACGUUGACCCAAGAAAAAGCUUGGGCCAGCUUGGGGAUAUCCGAGGGAGAUAUUUAGAGGCAACAGCACUGUUUGACAGCAUGCACACCCCCUGGAGAACACGAGUAUAUUUAGAGACAACAGUACUGUUUGACAAAAUGCACUUGUGCUGGUAGGAGGAAAUGAAAUGAUUGGUGAAAUUGUCCUCCAGAUUUAUUCGCGAAAAAGAAUUGCUUCAAAAAGACAAUUUACAGAAAAUUAGAAACUGUAGACUGUAGUAUUGGGCUUUCAACUAUAUUAUUUAUCUGAGAGAUUUCAGUCUCCUGAUUCUUGGGAAAACUUAAACAUGGAUGAAGCAACUAUUUUGACUUAAUGAAGAGAUGUGUUUUGAUGCUCGA